CGGGAGACAUGAUCCGGUUUCUGUCAAUGAAGCAGUUGCUGCUGAAAACACGAGAGAGAAGGAAGAGGAGGGACGGUGGUGGAUGUUCAGCUCACGAACGACCAAGUGAACCAACAAAAGCCCACAUGCAACCGGCUGGAAGUCGAUCUAUUUCCUGGAAGAAAAGCAUGCCGUUGCCUUGACGACCUCUGAGGGGUGUGGCUGAAAGAGGUCCAGUUUUUGCCAGGAGAUGGCUGGUUGUUCACAGGUGGCUUUGCAUCUGGGAAGGAUGUGUUCACAGGGUCAAACGCUGCUUCUGGUGCUUCUGCUGGGAUCAAGCUGCUUGUCUCACAGUUCCCUUGUGAAGGUCAACAGAGGUUUGAAGGUGAAACAGGGCCAGUCGGCCUACCUUCAGGAGGGUGACCUGCAGUUUCACGUUCCCAUUCAGAAGGACACAUGCAAGUUGGAAGUGGUGUUGAAUGAGCCCAUAACUCAACGUGUGGGAAAACUCGUUCCACAGGUGUUUGAUUGCAUUUAUCUAGCUGGUGAGGUCAAAUACGUCCACAACGGCUGUCCAUUGUUAAAAGAGGACAUGGUCAAACUUCGUCUAUACAGGUUUACAGACACGGAGACAUUCAUAGAGGAGUUGACUCUCCACGUAGACAUCGUGGAGCCAGAAUGUGGUAUAAUUAGGCUGGGGCCCAAAUCACUCAGGGUGUCGGAGUUCUAUGGUCUCUCUGAUGCUGUUGAUGGUAAUGUGGUGUCGUUCCACUAUGAGAAGAGAUCUAGUCUGGACUGUACCAUCCAACUCAGCCACCAUGACACCCACCUGCCAGCCCAUGGCAAGCUUGUCACAGGAGAACCAGACAAAGCUACAAAGAGAGGGGAUGAGCCAGAAAGCUUCAUUUACCUGCGUCAGAAGCUAGACAACAAAGCCCGCGCAAUGUGUAAAUCUGAAGACUGUCUGAUGGGUCUGAAGCUGGUGAAGUUUACCAAAGUUGCCUGUGACGACUUCCUGUUGAUGGGACUAAAGUAUCAGCACACAGACCCUCCAUCUCCUGAUGUAGACUACAUAGCAAUCAGACUGGACCUGAAGGACACCAGGAGUGGCAGCAUAUAUCAGUCUGAGCAUGCCUGGAUCCCAGUGUGGAUAGGUGAUGCCAUGCCCAACCAACCUCCCAAGCCAUCCCUGAUGUCCAUGUUUAUUCUGGAGGUAGACCAGUUUAUUCUCACUCCACUGUCCACUGCUACACUAGAUGCUGAAGAUGAGGAAACCCCAAAGCAGCUCCUGGUUUUUAACAUAACCAAACCUCCUGAAGAAGGCUUCAUCACCCAUCUUUCUGAUCACACUCGUCCAAUUUCCUCCUUCACGUGGCUCGAUCUGAAUGACAUGCUGAUAGGAUACCAGCCUCCAAAUUCCUCACAUGUUCAGCGCAGGAAUUAUGAGGUGGAAUUUGAGGUUCAUGAUUUUUUCUUUGAGAAGAGCCCAUCAGUGACUAUUCACACUUCUGUAAGGAUUGCAGACACAAAUGCACCAAGGGUCUCCUGGAACAUGGGUCUGAGCCUCCUGGAAGGUCAGUCUCGUCCAAUAACGUGGGACCAGUUGCAGAUUGUGGACAACGACAACAUAAACUCUGUUCGAAUCAUCACUGUGGAUGGGCUUCACCAUGGGCAGCUUACUGUGGGAGGUGGAAAAGGAUUAAUGUUCUCUGUGAUUGAGAUUAAAGCUGGAAAAGUCUGCUAUCACCAUGACGAUAGUGACUCCACCAAGGACUUCAUCAUCUUCCGCAUUUCCGAUGGUCAUCAUCAGACCCGUCAUAAGUUCCCCAUCAAGAUCCUCCCCAAAGAUGACAGUCCUCCUUUUCUUACAACUAACAUUCUGUUGGAGGUCUUAGAGGGCCAGACAGCUUUGCUGAGUGGCUCCACCCUCCAGGCUUCAGACAUGGACUCGAGUGAUGACUACAUCCUCUUUAACAUCACCCGUCUCCCGCAGGCAGGGGAGGUUAUGAAAAUCCCAGGACCAGGGCUGACAGGGUAUCCAGUGAGCCAUUUUCUACAGAAGGACCUUUGUCAAUCCAUAGUUUACUAUAGACACACCGGGAAUGAGGUGUUUGACGAUUCCUUUGAGGUGGUGCUGUCAGAUUUUCAUGACCCUCCCAACCUUUCUGAGCCUCAGGUGGUAGUAGUGCACAUAGAGCCAGUUCCAGAUAAACCACCAAAAGAGGUUGCUGGUUCCAGCCGAUGUCUUGUGAUCAAGGAAACGGAAGUGGCUCACAUUACCCUACAGCACCUCCACUUUGUGGACGAGGAGUCUCCUAACAGUGAGCUUACCUACACAGUUACAACUCCACCUUUUCACAUUGGUCCUCACAGUAUUCCAGAUGCAGGGAGGUUAUUUCUUGUUGACAGCCUACCCAGGUUUACCAAGAACUCCCACGCACCAGUGUUACGACUCUUUACACAACAUGCAGUGAACUUUAUGAAAGUAGCCUACAUGCCUCCAGUCAUGGACAUUGGACCUUACCCUCAGUACAUCCAGUUUAUUCUAUCUGUGACCAAUCAUAUGGGUUUGACGGUCCCUGGGAUCUGCUUUAAUAUCACUGUGGUGCCAGUGGACAACCAGCCUCCACAGGUCAUCACCAACCCUCUGACAGUCGAUGAGGGAGGGGAGUGUUUGCUGGGCCCAGAACACUUACAGUUGUCAGAUGUGGAUUCUGUGCAGGAAUCCCUGCAGGUGGAGCUUCUAAAGGAACCAACACAUGGCGCUCUUUCCCUUGAUCAUCGCCCACUUACACCUGGCCAGACUUUCUCCUUGCAAGAACUUAAAAACCUUGAAGUCAGGUACAAACAUGACAACUCAGAAUCAACAGAAGACCUGAUUGAGUUGAAUGCAACUGAUGGCACCAAUUCAGUCCGCUUUACUCUGAUAGUAAAGGUCACACCUAUUAACGACGAGGUCCCAGUGCUGAUUGCUGGUUUGAAACCAGUUCUCAUGUGUGCAGAGGGACAAGAAGUAUUCAUCACAGCUGAGUACAUCUAUGCCACUGAUGCUGACAGUGAUAACAGCAGCCUGGUGUUCCUGAUUGCCCGCCAGCCCCAUCAUGGAGUAGUAUUGCGAAGUGGAGUUUUGGUUGAUCACUUCAUCCAGGCAGACAUUACUGCUGGUACCAUCUCCUACAGACACACAGGACUGGAAAUCGGCCUUACUUCACAACAAGACACCAUCACCUUUGUGAUUUCUGAUGGAGAUACAGAAAUCCCUGCUUCAUGUUGCCAUGGAGGAAAUUCCAGAAGCAGAGGCACAAUUCAGCUUCAGGGCAGUCUGCCUGUGUAUGACCUCCACAUCACAGUGUUUCCUGUUGACAGUCAAACUCCUUCAUUAGCAACAGGUGACAUGUUUGUAGUGGACGAAGGUGGGCGUGCCCCGAUAACGUCAUCUCAUCUGAAUGCCUCUGACAUGGACACAGCCUUGGACGAGCUUGUUGUCACUCUGGUUUCUGCACCCCAGUUUGGCUACGUGGAAAACGUCCUCCCGAGCCCUGGCUUUGAGAAAAGCAACACAGGCGUUAGCAUAGCUUCUUUUUCGUACAAAGACGUUGUCGAGGGUCAUAUUAACUACGUACAGUCCAGACACCAGAGGGAGGAGCCCACGGCAGACCACCUCAUGCUCUGUGUAUCAGAUGGAAAGCACAGCUCUGCCCACGUGCCUUUCUACAUCAUAAUUAACCCGACAAAUGAUGAAGCACCAGAAUUUGUGACUCAAAACAUCACAGUGCAAGAAGGAGAAGCGAAACAGCUGGACUCAUCUGUGUUGCACGCUGUGGACCUGGACAUCCCAAAGAAUGUCCUGCUCUUCACUGUGGUCAGACCGCCUCAGCAUGGAAGCAUAACUCACCACAAGGUUGACAAACCAAUCAGCAGUCUGCUGUCCUCUGUGCAUGACUUUACCAUGGCAGACAUCGACAACGGUGUGGAUCUUGUGUAUUUGCAUGAUGACUCUGAAAACAUGAAGGAUAGUUUUAUCAUCCAGCUGACUGAUGGGCAGCACCAGCUCCAGAGGCAGGUGAUGGUUGAAGUGCAACCGGUAAACGACGAGGAGCCUCGUGUCGUCAGGAACAACGGACUGGAGGUUGAGCCGGGAGAGGCCAGGAUCAUAUCCAGUGUUUCGCUGUUGGCUGAGGACAGAGACACCUCCCCAUCAGAACUCAUCUUUAUAUUUGAGAGCCUUCCAACCAAAGGGCUGCUGCAGAUCAAGGAAGGUCAGAUGUGGGUGCCUCUGACAACUGGGAGGAACUGUAGUCAGGAAUCGGUGAAUAUGAACCUUUUGCGCUACGUCCACACGGACCUCCACACUUCUGAAACACAGGACUUCUUUGUUUUCCACUUGCUGGACGGAAAGAAUUGGUCUCCUCCACAGCACUUCCAGAUCUUAGUCAAAGAACUGGAAAAAGGAAACAUUGCCAUCUUCAUGCAGCCUGCAAACGUCAGCCGUGGCGAUCGAGUUGUUCUCACUACAGACGUUCUGCUAGCCACCGAUGGCACAGACAAACCAGAGAAGCUGCAGUACCUCAUCACCAACCCACCUGCUCAUGGACACAUGGAGUACGUAGCCCAUCCUGGAGUGGUCAUCUCCACCUUCAGCCAGAUGGACAUAGUAGCCAACCUUGUUGCCUACGUUCAUGACAACCGAGCCAGCAAGACAACGGAGACUUUUCAGUUUGUUGUUAGUAAUGGUAAAACUAGUCGGAAAGGAAGCUUUGACGUUCGAGUAGAAAUGGUGGAUCGUGUCCUUCCAACUCUGACCUCCUACAAAGACCUCACAGUCCCACAAGGAUCUUCUCUGAUCCUCGGUCCUGAUAGUCUGUCCUUGUCUGACCCUGACACCCCACCUGGUGCCCUGACCUUUGUCCUCCACUUGCCUCCUCACUAUGGUAAUCUACUUUUAUCUGGUUCAACACUGACCGCUGGGUCAAACUUCACCCAGAGAGACAUAAAGGAGCUGGAAUUGAUUUAUGAACACAAUGGGGGGCCCUCACAGAUCGACCGGUUUGCCUUCACUGCUUCUGACAGCACAAAUCGAGGAUUCCUGCUGGACGGACGACUACAAACAGAACCUGUGAUCUUCACUAUUCAGAUCAAGCCUUUGGACACAUCACCUCCCAAUGUGGAGAAGCUGCUCCCACUUUGGAAAGUGGAGCUUUUGGCCGACGGCCGAUACGGGAUCUUCUUGUCAUCUCGGGAGCUGAAGGCUGAAGAUCCCGACAGCAAAGAUGAGGAUCUAUUAUUUUUCAUUAUCCGCGGCCCUUAUUUUGGCUACCUUGAAAACACCAUGACAGGUAGUUUUGUGUCACAGCAUUUUUCUCAGAUGGAGCUUAAUAAACGAGCUAUAGUUUAUAUUAUCAACCCGGACGGGGAUUCCCUCUCAGACAGCCUGCAGUUCACAGUGUCUGACUCUUUGGGCAAUCGGGGGGCUCCUCAUUUACUUGAAUUCAAGUGGUGCAGUGUCGAGUUUUCCAAGCCUGAGUUCUCUGCCUGUGAAGAGCAGGGAUCUAUCUCACUGGAGGUCGUUCGAAGAGGGAACCUGGCAGAGUCGUCGUAUGUCAGCAUCAAGGUGGAAGACGGGACAGCAACAGCUGGGAAGGAUUUUCUCAUGAAACCAUCCUCUCUUCUUCAAUUCGAUCCAGGUGUGACAAAGCAGAGGUGGCUGGUAGAACUCAUUCAGGACCACGUGGAGGAAGCUGAUGAAAGGUUCGAGGCACUGCUCGUGUCUCCACAAGCUGCAGUAACUGGAAGCAUCCAUAAGGCUGAACUCCUCAUCAGAGACUCAGGAAGAGAGAAGUGUGGCGUAAACCACAACCACCAGGCUCCUCUGCUUGGAGGGAAGGAGGUACCGUCAGACAUGUAUCCCGAGCAUGGAUCCAUCCAGCUGGAGAAACUUCCCCUCGGCACAGACUCUGUUACAUGGACACGUGGAGACAGCGCCUCGAAACCCGACGGAAGCUUCCCUAAGAAGAAACUAAAAGUUGUGGGCAAUCCCAAAUCUAUUUCUCCUUCAUCAGUGUUUCACAAUGGAACAGACACCGUUUACACUUAUCACGGGAUCAUGCAGCUACAAGUGGAGGACGACACCUCCCAAUCCAGGAGGAACGGAAAGGCAAACAUCCAGGUGGUCAGCAGGGGGUCACAGCGCCGGGGCCAGCACAGCCUGGACGUUACUAUGGAGACCAGACAUGACCCUCCGGGACGUUUUCUGAGACCAACAAAAGAAAUACCUACAGAGCAUGUAACAGCUGACAGCUCUGUUCCUGAUCCCUGUGUACCAGAGCAAAUGGGACUGUUGCAGGUCCACCAACUCACCCGUCAAAUGUUUUACUGCAAUGGUGUGUCGUGGAAACCCUGGGCGCCAACAGACCAGAUGGUGAAAUCUAACACGUGUCCUCGUGGGUGGACCUUUCAUGGUGGACAUUGCUAUAUCCUCGGUACUGAGCACAGGGUCACAUGGAGCGCAGCUAACCGGGCCUGCAGGGAAAGAUACAAGGGAACUCUUGUGAGCGUGACCUCCAGUGAAGACAUGGACUGGCUGUGGGACUUCAGUGGUCGGAGGCCCUUCUGGAUAGGUCUGAAUGACAGGGAAGGUCGAGGGCGGUGGGAGUGGGCCGGCAGAGAGCCGGUUGACUUCACCAACUGGACAAAGACACCCCCCCUGUCCAGAAGAAAAGGAGGCAAAAAGUGUGUCUUGGUGUGGAGGAGAGCUAAGUGGCAAAUCAGAGACUGCAAGAGUAGCAGAAGUCAUCACUUUGUGUGUUCGGUGAAAACUUGAGGAGGCAGGAGGAGCAGCAGGAGAAGAAGGAAGAGCACCAAGGGGAGGAGCAGGGGGAGGCGUGGGAGGAGCUUCAAGCUCCAGUGGAUGUUUGGAGAGUUGUUGUGGAAGUGACUGAUGCUCAGACACGUUGUUAUUAUUAUUAUGUUGUUGUUUUUAUUGUUUAACCCCGGAGGACUCUUACCUUCUGUACGUACCUGUUUCUGAUACGGCAUCUCCUUGAGUUCUACAGCCCCCCGAUGGUCAACGUGCUUUACACACACACACACACACACACACACACACACACACACACACACACACACACACUGGCCCUACACAGGCACCACCGGUCCCUCCAACAACCACCAGUGGGCAAACAGGGUAAAGUGUCUUGCCCAAGGGCACAACAACUGCAACAGACUGAGCAAGGUGUGAACCUGCAAUCCUAUGAUGGGUUAUGGGGCGGGCGCUUAAUGCCAGUGUUGCUCCUAAUGACAAUGACGUUACAGUAUUGUGUUUUUGCUCUUACUUUGUUGUUACUUUAGGUUUUUCAUUAGUCUCCACUUUCCAGACUUUGGAAAAUACUAUUUUAUUCUGAUUUUCCAUAUUGAAUCAUUUUAUUGAGUCCUAUGCUGUAUGGAGCCUAUGUCUAAACCAGUGUUUCCCAACCUGGGGUCCAGGACUAGAGGUGGGGAAAAUGGUCGAUUCUAAGAUGCAUCACGAUUCAGCCAUGCAUGAUUCUGCAUCGAUGCAGCAACGUGACAUAAUGAGAUUUUCUCCCUAUGUCUAUGUCUGUGUUCUGGACGUGCGAGGACAAUAAAGUUUUGAGGUUUUACAACUACUUCCGGGGGCAGAGUUGCAAUGACAUGCGCACUACGUUGUCCUAGCAGCAAUUUAAAACAGAAAAGGCGGACAGGGAUACAGGGCCAACAUUACCAGUCAUCAAAGAUGUACCCGUUACAUUUAAAUCUGAUGUCUGGGCUAAUUUCUGUUUUGGGAUCCUGGAUGUGAAAGAAUCACUUAACACAGUAUUUGCUUCCUAUUUUUAAGUUCAGUAGUAUCUUAAAGCUGCUCUACUGAAAACAUUAUUUCUUAUAUUAUUUAAGUAAUUAUAGGCAGCACACUUUAAAAAUUGUUGCUCACUAAAGUGAAUAGAUGUAUGUUCUGUUUUUCAGGGAUAUCGAAAUAAAAAAGAAAUUGAAAACCA